AUGGCGUUGUCCUUCGCAGCCGAUCAUCCGUGUGAAGUAUUCCUACCGCAGAAUUUCUACAAAUACUUCAACAUUCUGUUCGGUGUCUUUCUAGAGCUCUAUCUCUUUGUUCAGUCGGCCAUGGCUUUUGAGAGAGCGAUCGCUACCAUCUACGUGUGCUCGUACGAGUACAUGAAAGUGUAUCCGGCAAUCAUCGCAGCAAUAUCAGCGAUAUUGAUCGCAUUGGGUAGUCAAGUGUUUUUGUACAACGGCAAAAAGUUCACACAACCACAACUAAGUGUACUAAAUCCACCGGCUGAGGUCUACGAUAGGAUAAACGGUCUUCUAAUAUUCAACGAGGUCACCUGUGGACUCACCACUGCAUCAAUGAUUGUACUAGUGAUUGUGAAUAUGAAGCGAGAGAAAAGGGCCAUCGGCGACUUAUCACGACGAUUCCAGACCGAGGAGAACAUUGACACCACGAAAUUUAUCGCCAAAAUAUCAUUGAUUCAGACAUUUUCCUACACAUCACAGUCACUUGGUAGUUUGAUGUUGAGGCUUGUCGAGAAAUCCAUUCUUAGCACCCAAACGCUACCGAUAAGGACAACACUGAAGUUGGCCAUCUAUGGGAUGCCCUUAUAUACGUUGGUCAUGUCGAUCGUAAUCGAGUGCAGUACUCGAACCUCAGCCUCGUAUCGUCGAAAUCGAUUCAAAUCAGUUGUGAUUGUGAAAAAUCAGGGACAUACCUACGCGAAUUUCCUAUCAAAACAAUGGCAUAUGGAUGGAUCGGAUUUUCGCUGA